AUGGCAGAGGGGAUUUGGGCGAUCCCUCUUCAGCUGACAAACUUCAACAUCGCGGUCGCUGUGUUGGGAGGCUUCAUCUCGUUAUUUGGCCUUAUUUCAUACCAGGUCAAGGAGAACUACUACCUCUCCGAAGCUCUAAUAGCGCUUCUGGCGGGUGUCGCCUUUGGACCAAAUGGCGCAAACUUCAUCCGCCCCAGGGACUAUGCUCAGUGCCAUAGUCCGGGAGUCUCGGAGAACGACUGUCAAGUUAACCUGGGAGCCAUUACCCUGAACUUCUCCCGCCUCGUACUGGGUGUUCAGCUUGUCCUCGCCGGCGUCCAACUCCCCAGCAAAUACCUCCUCAAAGAAUGGAAAUCCAUCCUUCUGCUCGUUGGCCCGGGCAUGACGUGCAUGUGGAUGGCUACGAGUGUUCUCGUCUGGGCCUUCACCGGGCGGCCCAGCUUCCUGCACGCACUCGUGGUAGGCGCGUGUGUAACACCUACUGAUCCCAUCCUCUCGGCCGUCAUCGUGAAGGGUAAGUUUGCGGACCAUAAUAUACCCAAACCUCUACAGAAUCUCAUCGUUGCCGAGUCGGGCGCGAAUGACGGCCUCGGAUACCCAUUUCUAUUCUUUGCCCUAUACCUCAUCAAAUAUGUCGGUACAGGGGCAACAUCUGGGGGUGUUGGGGAUGCCGCUGGGCUUUGGUUCGCCUUCACAUGGGGAUACACUAUCUUUCUGAGUAUCGUAUAUGGAGCCUGGGUGGGAUGGAUUGGAAAAGAACUGCUCCACUGGGCAGAGGAACGCAACUACGUCGACCGGGAGAGCUUCCUUGUCUUCGCAAUUUCCAUGGCAUUGUUUGUAUUGGGCACAUGCGGAUUAAUUGGGACCGACGAUGUCCUUGCCUGCUUCAUCGCCGGCAACACCUUCACUUGGGACGACUGGUUCCGCUUGGAGACCAUGGAUGAUUCCUUGCAGCCAACGAUCGACAUGAUUCUCAAUGUGGCCAUCUUCUUCUGGUACGGGGCAUUUAUUCCGUGGAGUGACUUCCACGAUAACUCGCUUAUCCCUACAUGGAAGCUCAUUCUCCUUGGUAUACUUGUGCUGCUUCUAAGGAGGUUACCCUGGGUUUUCGCGAUGCACAGGAUGAUCCCCCAGAUCCAGGAGGUUAAGCAAGCUAUUUUCACUGGGUUUUUCGGUCCCAUCGGUGUCUCAGCCGUCUUCUAUUUGUUUGUGAGCCUGGAAUUCAUUGAAGAACAUCUCAGUGAGGGAGACCAUGUCCCUCGCAGCGAUGUACAGAAUCUGGCGGAGACUACUCGCGUCGUAGUUUGGUUCCUUGCCGUGUGCAGCAUUGUAGUUCACGGCCUCAGCAUCCCUGUUGGGAAAUUGGGAUACCUUGCACCGAUAGCAAUAAGUCGUACGGUCAGUUUGAGUUUGAGCGAUGACCCGCGUGCGGCAGGAUCGGGAAGCAGAGUUACGCUCAUCAGAAAAUGUUUCGCCUGGGCUAGGAAAGGCGAUGUGGAUGUUAGAGAUGCUCGACCGCCCCUUGGUCCUAUCAUCAUCACCGACGCUCGCCCCCUUCCAUUGCCACCCACCUGUGUGGCUGGACCAGGACCAAGCAAUUCACCACGUCAACGUGAGAUUCGAUUCCCUGAGGACCUUAUCUAA